UAUGGGAAACAGUGGAAAAUAGUUUGACAGCAGGAGAGCUGAGGAGAUUUUUAACGUCGUUUAGCUCUCCGUUUAUCCAAACAACAUGUUUUCUGCAGAGCAAAGUUGUUGGUUUGUCCGCAAGGUGAUUUGCUGGAGAGCUGUGGCCAGUAUUGCCUGGGCUGUCCUGUUGUUGCCUCCCAUCACAGCAGUUUUUGUAAUCCUCAGCAGGUUCAGCCUCCUCCACCCCAUCCAGACGACAUCAGAAUGCCUCUCCUUCUUAACGAGCGCAAGCGCCAUCUUCUCCUUCAUCCUGCUGUGUGGAGUGAUCAUCAUGGUGGGGUUCCUGAACCUGGAGUAUUACACAGUCAUCCCAACCAUUGCAUGCUCAAAAAUUGCCCUGUUGGGUCAGCUGCUCCACCCUCGUCAGUUUGUCAACUCCCUGGUCCACUGCAUCAUGGGAAUAAUCGUGGCUUGGUGUUGUGCCGUCACCAUCGGGGGCAGAUAUGAGACAGUCGCACAGACCAAUGGCACUGACGGUUCCCCUCUGAUGUGUCUGAAUGAAUUUCACCUCAUUCUUCUGCUGGCUGGAGCCUUUGUUGGGUUCUCUCACAGUCUGCUGGGUGUGAUCCACAACAUGAAUUAUGUCUCUUUUCACACUGUUCAGCAAUACAAAUACCUUCGAUUUAAGGGAUCCCUGCCUUUGGUGGUGAAGUGCAGCGCCACUCAAGCACUUUACUCUGUCAGGAACUUCAUUGUUGUGUAUUUCUUUUUGGGAUAUGUUCCAAAAGCAUGGAUUUGUAAAACACUGAAUCUUAAUUUAAACAGCUCUGUCCACCCUCUUGACAGUAUAGCUGGUCUGCUGGACCUGUCCCUGCUCUACCACCUGUGGAUCAGUGCCAGCUUCCUGCUCUUCACGUGGCACAUCACACUGCUGCUCUUUAGGAUCUUUGUAACUGAGGUGUACAGUUUUCCUGUGCAGUCGUCUUUUACUGAGGACGCCCACCAGUGUCUUCCUAAAGUUCUUACCGACAAGCAGCCGAUGAUAUUAAAGUUUCUAGCUCUGCAGGACUUGGCUCUACUGUCUCAACACUCCCCAUCUCGACGCUGUGAGGUCUUCAGUCUGAGUCAGCCAGGUGGGCAUGCUCAUAACUGGAAUGCCAUCAGUAAGGAGUGUCUGUCUCUGCUGGCUGAUCUGACCCAGAGACUCGUAGCCUAUCACGACACUGUAGCAACCAACGGCAGAGCCAAAUCACUGUCGUCUGGGAGCGAACGGAAGACUUCAUCUGAGACAUCGGGUACAGAGGAUCUGAUGAGCCCGAGGCCCACUUAUCUGAUGAAAACUCCAGCUUCAGUCUUUGCACGCUCCAUUGUUGGCGGCGCUCCGCAGAGCCCUCUGACGGCACCGUUCACUCCUGAUCUGGACAGCCCCUUUGCUUCUCCGGCCCUGCGGCGUCUCACUGCUCCUGUGGACCAGUGCUCGCCGUGGUUCGGCACAGUGCAGAGCCCACACGUCAUGAGGAGAGUGCCAAAACUUUGGUCCACCUCCACAGAUUCACAGGCCAAUGGCAGUCCCAUGGCAUCCCCCGCCUCAGUUCCUAGUCCCAAACAGGAACCGUCUAAACCAAGUCUCCUGGCUCAGUUCCUCCAGAACAGAAAAGAACAGGUUAAAAAUUUCUUGGCAAAGCGGGUGCUGAUAAUGUAUUUGUUUAACAAGCUUCCAGAAGCCUCCAGUCAAGCUCUGUUUGCAGACAGCCAGGCUCACAUCUGGGCUUUAGAAGGUCUGUCUUACCUUGUUCAAGCCUCCUUCUCAGAGGACCAGUUUGGGGUUGUACAGACUACAUUACCCAGCAUUCUCAGUUGCAUGCUGGCCUUACAAGAGGCAGUAGAUCGCCACUUCAAGCUGCCUCACGCCUCCAGUAAACCCGUCAGGUCGGCCAGCAGCAUGGGAGACUCCACUCACAAAACACUGCGCUUUGCUCUCAGGGCCACGCUCAAGACCGCCAUCUACAGGAUAACAACCACUUUUGGAAAUCACUUAAAUGCUGUUCAGAUGUCUGCAGAGCACCGGAAAAGAUUGCAGCAGUUUCUGGAGUACAAGGAAUAAAACACCUGAGACUCGACUCUUGUGCCUUCAGUUUUGCGUGCGUGCGUGCAAGUGUGUGUGUGUGUGUG